AUGCCAACAGAGGAAACAACAGGCAACAACCAACAACAGAGGAAAAAAAGACUUACCGAUAGUAAGAGAUUUUAUGUAAUAGCAGCCUUCUUUAUUUAUGUGUUGGCCGGUUUUGCUGUUUGGUGGUUCUCAACAGGAGCCUAUCAAUCACUUUUUCCUCAUGAAGAUAUUAAACAACUCUUGGAAAAGGAUGCUUCACAUUCCCUUCUUCCUUCAAUUAUUAUAGUGGCCCAUUAUAUUAAUUUCAAGUCAUCACCAUCGGUGGGUCAUAGUUUAUCAUCUAAAAAGUUUAUUGGAUCCAUCAAUAAUUGGACAAUAGAACAAUUAAAUAAUGUAAAUGGUGAUGAUCAGAAAAUUGAUGAAUUAUUGAACGAGUGGAUACAAGCAAAGAAACUUGAUAAACCUAAUCACUAUCAUUUAUUUAUUAUUUCCGGCCAAGACAAGGAAACUACUUUAUAUUUAGGAAAACAUAGACAUGCUUGGACAAUUUUAGGUGCUGAUAAUGGAGUUUCCUCUAUUUUCGAGUUGUAUUUUAACAUUUUAACUAAUAGCAAUACAUCACCUUCAAAAUCUAAUCAAAUCAAGAAUAUGUAUGAUGAAUUUGGAGAUUUAGCAUCGGAUAUUAUUGAUGAUAGUGAUAUUACUGUCAGUAAGACUGCUAUGAAAUAUAGAAUUACAUUCAAUGUUGUAAAUAUGGCUCCAUUCAGAAAUUACAUGUUUGAUUGGGGUUCAGAAACUAUUAAUUUUGAGAAUUAUAUUAGAUCAUUCACUGAUUCUAUUUCUAAUUUAGCAGAUUUUCUUAUUGAAUGGAAGACAGUAAUGUAUGGUAAUUUACCAGUUAGUGGUCUUCAUUCAAAAUCAGCUGAUGUGUCCAAGUUAAGGAAAUAUAAAACCUUCCAAAACUUUGAAAGGAGAAAUUCAAAUGAUGUCGAUGCUGCCAAUGCUACAGCUUUAGUUCCAGAAGGGCAAGAACCUUACUAUGAAAUUGAUGCCAGAUCUAUGCAAUUCUUAUUGAAUGAAAAUAAUGAUUGGAAGUUUGUUUCACAGGAUGCCAAUGAAACAUCCAUUCAAUUUUUAGUUUUAAUUCCUCCAAAAGAAAGCACUCCACUCUUAGUUAGAAAGUAUGACGGAUCAGUGAGUCAACACAAUUCUUACAUUGUACCAAGAUGGGGAGGUGUUCUAGUUUUUAACCCUUCUAAACAUGUUUACAAAAAUACUGGAUUGAAGACCUUGGAUUCGGAAGAUGUCCAAUACAUUAUGGAAGUAUUCACUAAUCAAUUGAGAAGACUUCUUUCCAUUCCCCCACCAACACCAUCCACAGUUAAGAUUGAUUCGAAAGGAUUAUCAAAGGUAAAAAUUACAUACAUUUCCUCCUUGAAAUUUGGUGUAUCACAAUGGGAAAUUGAUCAAUUAUAUAGACACAGAAUUCAAAAUAACUUACUCAGAGCUGUUGAAACUCUCAAAUCCAUGUCUAGAGUAGUUUACAAUAUGCCUAAUGUAUAUGUGUGGGAUAUUGUAGCUGAACUCACAAGAGAAUCCAUUGAGAAUGUCCACCAGGCACUUUCAAUGAUUAAUAAUAAUGAGAUUGAGAAAUUAGAUGAGCUUUUGGCCAAAUCCAAAACAGCUAUUUAUAGUGCUGAGAGAGCUUUCGGUCAUGAAUCAAUGCUCUCAAUGCUUCACUUCCCAGAUUCUCAAAAAUUAGCAAUUUAUUUACCUCUUGUUCUUCCAAUAGUUAUUACAAUUCUUGUUGGUUUUAAGAGAGAGAAGAAUGUUCUUGCUGAUAAACUGAAACCAACCCCAGCAGCUCAACAAGAAUAA